AUGCAGCUCACAAAGUUUGCACUAGUUACUGGCUGCGGGAUUGGUGGAAUUGGCCAUGCGCUUGCUUCUAGAUUGAGGGAAGAAAAUAUCGAAGUUAUCGCAACUCUUCUCCCCCAUGAGAAUGAUGAACAUCUUGUUUCGAAGGGUGUGCACGUCACCCGCACUGAUGUCACCAAGGAUGAGAGUGUAGAGGAGCUCAAAAAAAUGAUCCAGCAGCUCACAAGGGGGAGGCUGGACAUACUUGUGAAUAAUGCCGGAAUUUGCUACACCAUGCCUGCAACGGACACCAAAGUAGCCGAAGUCGAAAAAAUGUUCAAAGUGAAUGUCUUCGGCCCCAUGCGAAUUGUGCACUACAUGCAUCCAUUUUUGAUCGAGGCCAAAGGCGUUAUUGUCAACAUCGGUUCCAUCGGAGGUGUGUGCCCUUAUGUGUACGGGGCGUCCUACAAUGCUAGCAAGGCCGCUCUGCAUCACUAUGGCAAUACAUUGCGUGUGGAGAUGCGUCCAUUUGGGUAUGGAACCUAUCUUACCUCGCCGUCGUGUGGUACUGACCUGCGCAGAGUUCGUGUUGUGAAUAUUAUCAGCGGUGAGGUACACACCAACAUUCUCAAAAAUGACCACGGCAGAUCCCUACCAGAGGAUGGUAUCACCCCCGAUCAGUAUGCAGCUGGGGUGGUGAAGGAGAUUUUGAAAAAGUCACCAGUACCCUGGUUCUGGUUUGGUGCAUCGUCAGGCAUGAUCCGGUGCAUCGAUGCCUUUCUCCCACGAACAUUUUGGGAUUGGUUCUUUGGUCGUUUGUUCAGACUCGGAAAGUUGGUCGAGUUGCAGUCCGGUGGAGUAAAACUAACUUGA